AUGAUCAAAUUGGACCCCUCACCUAUUAAACUAGACAACAGUGGCGCUGGCCCCUUGCGUGUUCCUGGUUUCAAUGGCGUACACCUGGCCUAUGAGCAGCCAAAAGACGCUCGCUUUGCACAUGGAAUUGCUGAUUGGAGACAAAUUCCUCAGUUCUUUCUACAAGAGCUUUGCAUGCUGCAGUUCAUGUCGUAUGUCACUGAACAGCCAGACUGGGAAAACAAGACAGAGGACCCGCAUACACUGGAAGAAUGGCAUCAGCACGCCAAUUCCGUCUUUGAUCUCGAUGAAUCCUCAUGGCAGUGGUGUGUGAAGGAGUUGCAAGACAAAGCGUCUGAUUUUGAACGCACGGGCUAUGUUGCUGUGUUUGAUGCGGACUCACGGGUUAUCAAAUCUCAAGUCCAUGAGAAUCUUCUCGAAGAGCUUCGCGCAUCCAUGUCGCCGCUUUUUUCGGAAUCGAGACCCGCUUCGCCUUCUGCCUCGGAUGAUGCUUCUAGAAGUGAUUCCGAGACUGCGAUUGCUCCAAUUCCCGAGAAACCAUCCGACAGACACGAAGAGAUGCAUUUCAAAGAGAGAAAGGAAAGAGACUCUAGGGAUUCCAGGAAUUUUAGAAAGUAUAAAUACUGGUCCAAUGCCUUUCAAUGUCUUCCUUGUGAAGUUGCUUUGAACAAGCAAGGAGAAGCCAAAAUUUUGUCCUAUAUCAACGGCGUGCAUCCGAAAGAAAAGGGAAUUUACAAAGCACUCGAAGACCUCAUUUCGGCCGCCAUGCAACCUUGGAACGAAAUGCUUAUCCUUGGAGAUCAGGGUCGGACACCAAUUCGAAUCAGAACUUAUGACUUCCAAGUGGAAGGCAGUGAUUGGUAUCCCAAGUUGUAUUAUUACCUGAAUAAUGCGAGGGAGGGACGAACAACACCAAUUACAGAAGAAGAAUGGCCUGACGUUCGAUCACAAGUUAGAGAGUACCUUGGUAUCCCUGAGCCCGAGAAGCGAUACCGCAUAUGGCUUGACUCUGGGUACCAUGAUCUUCUCGCUAGCAUGCAGCCAUGGCAAUGGAAUUCUUCGGAAGAACUGGAAAAACUGAUUCUUGAAAAAGAUCAGCGGUUGUACACUGUGAGAGGUGUUGAGCCGGGGAUUUCCUUCACAUACGAAGAAUGGAAGACGGGUGAAAAUACGGGCCGCGCGAUCAUGCCCAAAUGUAGUGAACCUGAUGAAACUCCCCCACCUCCAGAUCCAGAUCACCAGUACUAUUCUAUAUCUCUCCACGAUCAAUUUGAGGGCCUGCAGAUCAUAGUUCGACUAUCGACUAUUGAUCUCACUCCAGAAAUGCCCCUGUAUGGUGGUGAUUCCCAUCACAACGUUGCUGGUAUCCCCAAUGAGCACAUCGUUUCUACAGCCACAUGCUACAUUGAUAUGCACAACAUUAAAGAUGCAAAGAUUUCAUUCCAACAGGAGACAAAAAUCGACAGCCUUAUGUUCAAUAUCGCGGAAUCUAUGGCUAUGAAUCGACUUUUUGACGUUCCUGAGUGUGAAUGCGCCAGCGAUGAUGCUUGUUCCCCGGAUGCUCUACAGAUCGUGGGAUCUAUCCCGAUUUCACGGAAUGGGCAGAUUCUUGCUUGGCCAAAUACAGUGCGGUCUAAGGCCGAACCUUUCAGUCUUGCAGACCCAUCCCGGCCGGGGUACCUUCGAUUUGCGACUUUGUGGUUGGGGGACCCGCAUUAUCGAAUCUGCUCAACUCAGAACGUGCCUCCCCAGGACUCAAGCUGGGUCGACGCAUGA